AUUGGUUGUUUCAUAUGUAGAUGCUAGUGUGUCUGGUUUGACCUUAUUUCACGUUUGAGAACAUUUGUCUAAUUUUCAAGCAAAAAAAAUAAACAAACCUGCCCCGGAAGUACUCGUGUGUUUGUGCCACGUCAGAGCUACAAAACUAUUACCAUUCAUGUUACACUCUGCAGCUUUUUGCAAUUUCUUCUCUCAACAUGCUGUUCCUGGGACUGGGCUGUUUGCUGCUUCAUGUGUCUGUGGCGUUUGGAACUGAGCUCACGUUUGAGCUCCCUGACAACGAUAAGCAGUGUUUCUACGAAGAACUAGAGAAAGACGUGAAGUUUGAAAUAGACUUCCAAGUUAUUGCGGGAGGCAACUAUGAUGUAGACUGCUUUGUCACUGAUCCUCUAUACAAUGUCUUGUAUAAUGAGCAGAGGAAGCAGUAUGACAGCUUCUCUCACACCACAGCUAUGGCAGGAGUCUACAAGGUCUGCUUUAGCAAUGGCUUCUCCACUUUUACACACAAAACGGUGUACAUGGACUUCCGCCAUGGAGACGAGGAACCUCUCAUGCAGACCAUGACUGGAAGUACAGCACUGACUCAAUUGGAGUCAUCUUGCGUCUCUAUUCAUGAGAUCCUGAAGGUGGUGGCUGACUCGCAGACAUGGUACAGGCUAAGAGAGGCGCACGACCGCACAAAAGCCGAGCAUCUCCUCGAGCGGGUGACCUACUGGUCCGUUGGAGAAACCGUCCUGCUGUUUGUUAUUGGCAUCGGUCAGGUCAUGUUGCUCAAGAGCUUCUUCAGUGAGAAGAAAGGCUCUGUGGCAGCCGCCACUAGAGGAAAUAAGAGACUGCCACCUGGACAGACUGGUGUGGGAAAAGGAAAGAGGAAGAAGGUGUUCACUGACGCCUACAAUACGUCCUGCGUCACCAGUUUACCGGGCGCCACGCAUAGGUAUAGACAUCUAUUGCUCUACCUGUCUGUUGUCCAUUCAUUAGAAAAAGGGCCAUUGUGUUGUCCGGGAGGUGAGCGGUUCCUAGUAAACAUGGCGGGUAGCUUAAAAGCUCUAACGGCCGUGUCAAGAAGUACAGCUGCUGUUCUCACGCAAAACCCCGCAGUGGUUUCACCGGCAGCCGUCUGCUACCACAGGCUGCAACAGAGGAACUAUGUCACAAAGCGCAUCAAGGUGGACAAGCCGGUGGUGGAGAUGGACGGAGAUGAGAUGACUCGAAUCAUAUGGGAGUUCAUCAAAGAGAGGCUCAUCCUGCCCAAUGUUGAUGUUGAGCUGAAGUACUUUGACCUGGGUCUGCCUUACCGUGACCAGACAGACGACCAGGUCACCAUCGACUCUGCUCUCGCAACUAAUAAAUACAAUGUGGCUGUCAAGUGUGCCACCAUCACCCCAGAUGAGGCCAGAGUUGAGGAGUUUAAGCUGAAAAAGAUGUGGAAGAGUCCUAAUGGAACCAUCAGGAACAUCUUGGGUGGCACCGUUUUCCGUGAGCCAAUCCUUUGUAAAAACAUCCCUCGUCUUGUUCCCGGUUGGAAAAAAGCCAUAACCAUUGGCAGACAUGCUUUUGGUGAUCAGUACAGGGCCACAGACUUUGUCAUUGACCAGCCUGGCAAGUUCAAGAUUGUGUUUGCCCCAGCCGAUGGAAGCAAGCAGAAGGAGUGGGAGGUGUAUGACUUUAAGGCAGGGGGCUGUGGGUUGGGAAUGUACAACACCGACGAGUCCAUCAGUGGAUUUGCACACAGCUGCUUUCAGUAUGCCAUGCGGAAAAGGUGGCCUCUGUACAUGAGCACCAAGAACACCAUCCUCAAGGCCUAUGACGGGCGCUUCAAAGAUAUUUUCCAGGACAUCUUUGAGAGGACGUACAAACCAGAGUUUGACAAGCUGAAGAUCUGGUAUGAGCACCGUCUUAUUGACGACAUGGUGGCCCAGGUACUGAAGUCUUCAGGAGGAUUUGUUUGGGCCUGCAAGAAUUACGAUGGAGAUGUGCAGUCAGACAUUCUGGCUCAGGGUUUUGGUUCUCUAGGUCUCAUGACAUCAGUGCUAGUGUGCCCUGACGGAAAGACUAUCGAGGCUGAGGCUGCCCAUGGCACCGUUACCAGACACUACCGUGAACACCAGAGGGGAAAACCAACCAGUACCAACCCCAUCGCGAGCAUCUUUGCUUGGACCAAAGGACUGGAGCACAGAGGCAAACUGGACGGAAACCUUGAUUUGAUGAAGUUCUCCCAAACGUUAGAACAAGUCUGUGUGGCAACUGUGGAAUAUGGAGUGAUGACCAAGGACCUUGCAGGCUGCAUCCAUGGCUUGGCUAACUGCAAGUUGAAUGAACAUUAUGUCAACACAUCAGACUUCCUGGAUGCUAUCAAGACCAACUUGGACAAAGCUCUGGGCAAAUGAAGAGAAAUCAGAAGAUACACUUGCCAUCGUAGAGAGAUGAGCCCAUCUUUUACCCUCAUUUGUAUGAAUCUUUGUAUUCUGAAGGAACCAAGUUUGCUAUUUUUCGUGCCAUUUUUUAAAUUUGUAUGGCUACCUGACACAUGACUGUGCUCAUGUUGCUUCUCUGCCUCUUCUGUUGCCAACGGUCCAGUUUUGUAUUGCACAACUACAUGAUUGUAUAUAAAUUAAUGUGAACGUUUUUCACUUACAAUGGCCAUGUCAAAGACAUGGCAGUCUUUUCGAUAUUAUUAGAUGACAUCUUCAGGUAAAACUAUGUACAAACAAGGACCAUAACAUGGCAUGUUUUGCACUAUAAGUAUAAAUAUAAAGAAAUAAAUAGUGAGAGUCACUCAAUAACAUGCAGUGUAUAAAGAUACCUUUUUCU